GGUGAGUGACCGACAGUAACCUCAGAAUCACGCCACCGGCUGAUGCUGCUGUCACCGGAGGAACCGCCAUCCCCUCCCCUCAUCAUCCAGCGAAAACGAGCAGCCUGGACGGCGAUUCCCUGUCGAAUUCAGAAUUCCUCGGAUUGUUUAAGCCGGCCCUGGUUUCUGCCUGGCAGUGCACAUUGUUUGCAGCAGCAAUGUCAGAUCAGGAUCCAGCAGCCACACUUCCAGACCUGCAGCCGAUCUGCCAGCACUCCAAGUUCAUCAUUGGCUCCGUGUCCGAGGACAACUCUGAGGAUGAGAUUGGAGCGAGCAGCAUCAAAUCAGAUAUUUUGGAAGACAAGGAACGAUCGUUAUCACCCUCUUCUAUAAACUCCGACAGCUUGUCUGACCUGGGUCUGAGUCAUGAUAGCCUUGCGGUACAGAUGAGGCCAAGCAUGUCAGGAUUGCACUUGAUGAGGCAAGGAAGAGACAGAAAGAAGUUUGAGUUACAGAGGGAUUUCACGGUGGCCUCACCAGCUGAGUUUGUAACUCGAUUUGGAGGCAAUAAAGUUAUUGAAAAGGUACUGAUUGCCAAUAAUGGGAUUGCAGCAGUGAAGUGUAUGAGGUCUAUACGACGCUGGUCUUAUGAGAUGUUCAGGAAUGAGCGUGCAAUACGAUUUGUCGUUAUGGUAACUCCGGAAGACUUAAAAGCUAAUGCAGAGUAUAUUAAAAUGGCAGAUCACUAUGUUCCUGUACCUGGAGGACCAAAUAACAACAACUAUGCAAAUGUUGAGCUGAUACUAGACAUUGCAAAGCGCAUUCCAGUCCAGGCAGUCUGGGCAGGCUGGGGUCAUGCAUCUGAAAACCCCAAAUUACCAGAACUUCUUCAUAAACAUGGCAUUGCUUUCAUGGGUCCUCCAAGUCUAGCUAUGUGGGCACUCGGUGAUAAAAUUGCCUCUUCUAUAGUUGCACAGACUGCAGGAAUCCCUACCCUCCCUUGGAGUGGCAGUGGGCUGACGAUAGAGUGGACUGAAACGGAACCACGGAAACUAAUUGUGAACGUUCCAUCUGAGCUGUAUGAGAAAGGCUGCAUUGCAGAUGUGGAGAGUGGUAUGAAGGCUGCAGAAGAUAUAGGCUAUCCAGUGAUGAUCAAGGCUUCUGAAGGAGGAGGUGGCAAAGGAAUAAGAAAAGUGAAUACAGCUGAGGAUUUUCCAAAUCUUUUCAGGCAGGUACAAACAGAGGUCCCUGGUUCUCCAAUUUUUGUAAUGAGGCUUGCCAAACAUGCACGCCAUCUUGAAGUCCAAAUCCUUGCUGAUCAUUAUGGCAAUGCGAUUUCCCUAUUUGGCCGUGAUUGCUCAGUUCAGCGUCGACACCAGAAGAUUAUAGAGGAAGCUCCAGCAACAAUUGCUACCUCAUCAGUGUUUGACAACAUGGAGAAGUGUGCAGUGAAGCUAGCAAAAAUGGUGGGCUAUGCAAGUGCAGGCACAGUGGAAUAUCUGUACAGUCAAGACGGAAGUUUUUACUUUCUGGAAUUAAACCCUAGGCUUCAAGUGGAACAUCCCUGUACUGAAAUGGUGGCAGAUGUAAACUUGCCUUCUGCACAAUUGCAGAUUGCAAUGGGAAUCCCUCUACACAGAAUCAAGGAUAUUCGGAUGCUGUAUGGAGUUGCCCCAUGGGGGGAUUCACCAAUUGAUUUUGAGAAUUCAGCAAACAUUCCUUGCCCACGUGGUCAUGUGAUAGCUGCUCGUAUCACCAGCGAGAAUCCAGAUGAGGGUUUCAAGCCAAGCUCUGGCACUGUGCAGGAGUUGAAUUUCCGCAGCAGUAAGAACGUCUGGGGUUAUUUCAGUGUGGCAGCAGCAGGAGGCCUCCAUGAGUUUGCAGACUCUCAAUUUGGACAUUGCUUCUCAUGGGGUGAAAACAGAGAAGAAGCCAUCUCGAACAUGGUGGUGGCACUGAAGGAACUGUCCAUUCGUGGUGAUUUCAGAACAACUGUGGAAUACCUCAUCAGAUUAUUGGAAACUGAAAGCUUCCAACAGAACAGCAUUGAUACUGGCUGGCUGGAUCGGCUCAUUGCAGAGAAAGUCCAGGCUGAGAGGCCAGACACCAUGUUGGGGAUUGUGUGCGGAGCUCUGCAUGUUGCAGAUAAAUCCUUCAGAAACAGUGUCUCUAAUUUUCUUCAUUCACUGGAGAGGGGUCAAGUCUUACCAGCUCAUACUCUUCUGAACACAGUGGAUGGGGAACUCAUCUACGAAGGCGUGAAAUAUGUGCUAAAGGUUACACGGCAGUCGCCUAAUUGCUAUGUAGUUAUAAUGAAUAACUCGUUUGUGGAGGUGGAUGUUCAUCGGCUGAGUGAUGGUGGCUUGCUGUUGUCUUACCAUGGCAGCAGCUACACUUCGUACAUGAAAGAGGAAGUGGACAGGUACCGUGUUACAAUUGGCAACAAGACUUGUGUAUUUGAAAAGGAAAAUGACCCCUCACUGUUACGUUCACCCUCAGCAGGAAAACUGAUCCAAUACACUGUAGAAGAUGGUGGCCAUGUUUUUGCAGAUCACUGCUUUGCUGAAAUUGAGGUGAUGAAGAUGGUGAUGACAUUGGUUGCUCAGGCUUCAGGCUGUAUUCACUAUGUGAAAAGACCAGGAGCUGUCCUUGAACCGGGUUGUGUGAUUGCCAAACUGCAGCUAGAUGAUCCAAGCAGGGUGCAGCAGGCUGAAUUAUUCACAGGACCACUAGUCAGGAACCAGAGCUCGGCCCUCCAAGGAGAGAAGCCCCACCGCAUCUUCCAUUACGUUCUGGAUAACCUGGGAAACAUCAUGAAUGGUUUCUGCCUACCAGAAGCCUACUUUGAUAUAAAGGUGAAGGACUGGGUAGAAAGAUUAAUGCAGACCCUGCGGGAUCCUUCCCUCCCUCUCCUGGAGCUGCAGGAUAUUAUGACCAGCGUUUCUGGAAGAAUCCCCCAAGCAGUGGAGAAGGCUAUCAAAAAGGAGAUGGCACAGUAUGCAAGCAACAUCACUUCAGUGCUCUGCCAAUUCCCCAGCCAACAGAUUGCCAAUAUAUUAGACAGCCAUGCUGCAACAUUAAACAGGAAGUCUGAGCGGGAAGUUUUCUUCAUGAACACGCAAAGCAUAGUUCAGCUGGUACAGAGGUAUCGCAGUGGAAUCCGGGGUCACAUGAAGGCUGUUGUCAUGGAUCUCCUUAGACAGUAUCUGAAGGUGGAGACAGAAUUCCAGCAAGGCCAUUAUGAGAAAUGUGUCUUUACUCUUCGAGAGGACCAUAAAGGAGACAUGACUACAGUCCUGAACUACAUCUUCUCCCACGCCCAAGUCACCAAGAAGAACCUUCUUGUUACAAUGCUUAUUGACCAGUUGUGUGGACGGGAUCCAACCCUGACUGAUGAACUGAUUACCAUUUUAACUGAGUUGACACAGCUUAGUAAGACCACCAACGCUAAAGUGGCUCUCCGAGCACGGCAGGUUCUGAUUGCAUCACACCUGCCGUCUUAUGAGCUCCGUCACAACCAGGUGGAAUCCAUUUUCUUAUCGGCCAUUGAUAUGUAUGGGCAUCAGUUCUGCAUCGAAAAUCUUCAGAAACUCAUCCUCUCAGAGACCUCCAUCUUUGAUGUUCUUCCCAAUUUUUUCUAUCAUAGUAACCAAGUGGUGAGAAUGGCAGCACUGGAGGUAUAUGUUAGAAGGGCGUACAUCGCAUAUGAGUUGAAUAGUGUUCAGCAUCGUCAGCUCCAAGAUGGAACCUGCAUUGUAGAGUUUCAGUUCAUGUUGCCAACAUCCCAUCCCAACAGAGGGAACAUCCCCACCUUAAACAGGAUGUCUUUCUCAUCCAACUUGAACCAUUAUGGGAUGUUUCAUGUUGCUAGUGUGAGUGAUGUCCUGCUCGAUGCUGCUUUUACUCCACCGUGCCAGCGCAUGGGGGCAAUGGUCGCCUUCCGCACCUUUGAGGACUUUGUGAGGAACUUUCAAGAUGUGACAAGUUGCUUUUCUGACUCACCUCCUCCAAGCCCCACUUUUCCUGAAUCAGGACAUGCCUCACUGUAUGAUGAAGAUGACAAUAAAAGUACAAGAGAUGAGCCUAUUCAUAUUCUGAAUGUGGCUAUCAAGAUUGAUAAUGAUACUGAUGAUGAUGCCCUGGUGAUAAUGUUUGGGGAAUUCAUGCACUCCAUGAGAUCAAUUCUGUUUGACCAUGGCAUCCGUCGUCUGACCUUUCUUGUAGCUCAGAAGGAUUUCCGGAAACAGUGCAAUUAUGAGGUGGAUCGGAGAUUCCAUAGAGAGUUUCCAAAGUUCUUCACUUUCCGCUCAAGAGACAAGUUUCAGGAAGACCGGAUCUACCGACAUCUGGAGCCUGCCCUGGCUUUCCAGCUGGAGCUAAAUCGGAUGCGUAAUUUUGAUCUUACCGCAAUGCCAUGUGCCAAUCACAAAAUGCACCUAUAUUUAGGUGCAGCCAAGGUGGAGGCUGGUAUUGAGGUGACUGACUAUCGGUUCUUUGUACGAGCGAUAAUUCGACAUUCGGACUUGGUCACAAAGGAAGCCUCAUUUGAAUAUCUGCAGAACGAGGGAGAGCGUUUGUUGUUGGAAGCUAUGGAUGAGCUGGAAGUAGCAUUUAACAAUACUAACGUUCGAACAGACUGCAACCAUAUCUUCCUCAACUUUGUUCCCACUGUUAUCAUGGAUCCUUCAAAGAUAGAAGAGUCUGUGCGUAGUAUGGUGAUGCGAUAUGGCAGUCGUCUUUGGAAAUUGCGUGUGCUUCAGGCGGAGUUGAAAAUAAAUAUUCGCUUGACACCUACUGGAAAAGCCAUUCCCAUCAGGCUGUUCCUGACCAAUGAGUCAGGGUAUUAUUUGGAUAUCAGUCUGUACAAGGAGGUGACAAAUUCCAGGACUGGACAGAUCAUGUUUCAGGCCUAUGGGGAUAAACAGGGACCAUUACAUGGAAUGCUGAUCAACACACCCUAUGUUACCAAAGACCUUCUGCAAUCCAAAAGGUUUCAAGCCCAGUCUCUUGGAACAACAUACGUAUAUGACUUGCCUGAAAUGUUCCGACAGUCUUUAAUCAAACUGUGGACCUCUAUGGAAGUGCAGGCCUAUUUACCGUCCCCACCUGAAGAGCUGUUAACAUUCACCGAGCUGGUGUUGGACAGUCAAGGUCAGCUCGUACAGUUGAACAGACUACCUGGAGGCAAUGAGAUUGGUAUGGUGGCCUGGAAGAUGCACUUAAAGUCGCCAGAAUGUCCGGAUGGCCGUGACAUCAUUGUCAUAAGCAAUGACAUCACUCACAAGAUUGGAUCAUUUGGGCCCCAGGAGGAUCUCUUGUUCCUGAGAGCCUCUGAACUUGCCAGAUCCAAAGGCAUACCACGUAUUUACAUAGCAGCAAACAGUGGAGCAAGGAUCGGAUUGGCAGAAGAAAUUCGACACAUGUUCCAUGUGGCCUGGGAAGACCCUGCUGAUCCAUAUAAGGGUUACAAGUAUCUCUACCUCACACCUCAGGAUUAUAAAAAAGUCAGUGCACUGAAUUCAGUGCACUGUGAACAUGUUGAAGAUGAAGGAGAGUCCAGGUACAAAAUAACAGAUAUCAUCGGUAAAGAAGAGGGCCUGGGAGUUGAAAAUCUCCGAGGAUCGGGAAUGAUAGCAGGAGAAUCAUCCUUAGCAUAUGAAGAAAUUAUCACCAUGAAUUUGGUGACGUGCCGUGCAAUUGGUAUUGGUGCAUACCUUGUACGGCUGGGACAGAGGACUAUCCAAGUGGAAAACUCGCACAUCAUUUUGACUGGAGCUGGAGCCUUGAACAAGGUACUUGGCCGUGAGGUAUACACGUCUAACAACCAAUUGGGAGGUGUCCAGAUCAUGCAUAAUAAUGGUGUGACUCACACAACUGUGUACGAUGACUUUGAGGGGGUUGUUAUCAUCCUUCAGUGGCUAUCCUACAUGCCGAAGAAUGUGUCAAGUUCAGUGCCCAUCCUCAAGCCUAAGGAUCCCAUUGAUCGAACAAUUGAAUUUGUCCCGACUAAAACACCUUAUGACCCUCGGUGGAUACUUGCUGGAAGACCUCACCCAACACAAAAAGGACAAUGGCAGAGUGGCUUCUUUGACUAUGGAUCCUUCAUGGAGAUCAUGCAGCCUUGGGCACAGACAGUGGUGGUGGGAAGAGCCAGGUUGGGAGGAAUACCCGUGGGAGUGGUUGCUGUGGAAACCAGGUCUGUAGAGUUAUCAAUCCCGGCAGACCCUGCAAAUCUAGAUUCUGAAGCUAAGAUAAUCCAGCAAGCCGGUCAGGUGUGGUUCCCCGACUCUGCCUUCAAAACUGCGCAAGCUAUUAAGGACCUGAACCGAGAAGGUCUUCCACUGAUGGUCUUUGCCAAUUGGCGAGGUUUCUCUGGUGGAAUGAAAGACAUGUAUGAUCAAGUGCUAAAGUUUGGUGCAUGCAUCGUCGAUGGGUUGCGAGAGUAUAAGCAGCCCAUGCUUGUGUAUAUCCCUCCGAAUGCAGAACUGAGAGGAGGUUCAUGGGUAGUCAUUGACCCUACUAUCAAUCCCAGGCACAUGGAGAUGUAUGCAGACAAGGAGAGCAGAGGUGGUGUACUGGAGCCAGAGGGGACAGUGGAGAUCAAAUUCCGGAAGAAAGACCUGGUGAAAACAAUGCGGCGAGUUGACCCUGUGUACAUGAGCUUGGCUGAGCGUUUGGGCACCCCAGAACUGAGCCCAGGUGAACGUAAGGAACUGGAAACAAAAUUGAAAGAGAGGGAAGAAUUUUUAUUACCCAUAUACCACCAGGUUGCUGUGAGGUUUGCUGACCUUCAUGACACACCAGGCCGCAUGCAAGAGAAAGGGGUCAUCACGGAUAUCUUGGAUUGGCCGACAUCACGCACAUUCUUCUACUGGCGUCUCCGCAGACUGCUCCUAGAGGACACAGUAAAGAAGAAGAUCCUGGCUGCAAACCCAGAGCUGACCGAUGGACAAAUUCAGGCAAUGCUGAGGCGCUGGUUCGUUGAGGCUGAGGGAGCUGUGAAGGCUUAUCUAUGGGAUGACAAUAAGGAUGUAGUUGAAUGGUUGGAGAAACAACUAUUGGAGGAGGAAGGAGCUCGCUCAGUCAUUGAUGAGAACAUCAAGUACAUCUGCCGAGAUUAUAUUCUCAAACAGAUCCGAAGUCUGGUGCAGGCCAAUCCUGAAGUUGCCAUGGAUUCUAUUGUUCACAUGACUCAACACAUCUCACCCACUCAGAGAGCUGAAAUUGUCCGUAUUUUGUCAUCAAUGGAUGCCCCUGCUUCAACAUAAGGGGGACACAAACUGGAUUCUGCAGGGAGCUGACCGUGCAGGUAGCAGCUAGUGCUCCUAUCUUAACAUGUAUACUGAUGAGGGUAUUAGAAAUUAUGGAGCGUGAUCCUCAAGCACAGAAAUACAGAUGCAAGACACUGGCCCACAGUUGGAAUUGUAACAAUUUACAACCUGGUAUUUGAAAUAUAAGAAAUGGAUAAACUGAAUUUAACCAGAUAUAGAUUGUGAUGUGAUAUAUAUGUAUAAUCUGGCACUGAAUUGCAUCCUGAACUCUGAUGUCUUCAUAAAUGGCAGUGAAGAUGCCUUAAAGAUCGGUGCUCGUACUUGCUGGUCCAUACAAUUUCUAUUCAGUUGCCAGUAAUUAAAUCUAUACACUACAGUUCUCAGUUCCUUUACAGGCAUAAAUUGACAGCACAUCUCAUGAAGGCCAUGUAGUACAUUGUGGUUUGCAGUGCUAGUUAAUUGAGCAAUCGAUGUAGGGUUGUUUGUGGAAACAUUUUAACAUUUCUUUUUGUAAUCAACUAACUUUCCCAUCCUGAAUUGCUGCUGUUAAGGGGAGUAAAACUGGAGCGGACCGAAAAGAAUAAUUAAACAGCCUAGUGAAAAUUACACCCCGCACACCCAUUCAUUUCAAACACUCCCAUUCUCUGCCAAAUGAAUUUGCUAUUGACUUAAAAAUCUCUGGUGCACACAGGAGGUGUCCAUUAUGUUAAAUCCUGUAAUUUAAUUAAUGAACCAGUGUAUAUACCAGAAAAGUAAAUGAUUUGAGAUUUUUGCUUGUUCCCAACUAUAUGAUAAAAAUUGAUUUUUCAUUGGUGCACACUGUUAAUUGACAUGCAGAUCCUAAUGAUCCGUAUGUUGCUGGGCCAGUUUCUGUUUUGACUAUUUUAAUCUGACUUGUUGGGUUAAAAAAAAUUACAAGUUCUGUAUUUUCACUAAGAGCCUGUAAUAAUUGUCAAAACUGACAACAAAAGUUAUGAAAUGUCAGAGGAAAUCUAAGAAAGAAGUGUCUGCAGUUUGAAUGUAUAAGGAUGAAGAUAUGAGGAGGAAUAUUUUAACAGGCAGAGAAAAUGUUAUUCAGCACUAAGAAACUGAAGUAGCAACUUGGAUCUUAACCCUUUCCUCCACAUUAUCCUAAAAGACUUAAAGGAAGAAGCAAUGUAUUAAGAAUCAGUCCAAAAUAAUUUGUGGCUUGAAAUCAAUUCUCACCAAUUGUAAUAUGUCAAGAAAAGGUGCUUGCCGUCACAGCAAAUUUUUGAUUAGUCUGGCAAUGCCUGGCUGUGGAAAACAAGAAUGUACAUUUAUAAAGGUCUAAAAAUUUAGUUUACACAUGUCUAGAUAACCAGAUACCAGAUCUGGAUGGGUCAUGUCAAGAUCUGCCAUAUAAUCUAAUAACAAGGUUUUUGAUUAGUGUUUAGAAGAAUGUUGGAUGGAGUGACUAAUUGAUAUGUUGCUCAAGUUUGGCCAGUAAUUUUGAAUUUUUGCACCCCUUUUCCCACAGCUGCUAUUUUAACUUGUCUGCCUUUAAAACUGGUAUAACUGCACAAACUACUUGUAUUACUGUUUCAAGCUGCUGAAGGCCAGUUGAAUGUUUAUCAAAGGCAGCAAUGUAGCAACAGAUGGAGUCUAGGUUCAGUGCUCCCAACUUCCUGAUCUUACCUAACUCAUUUCUACACAAGACAGACACAAAUGUAACAGAGUCGUGGAUGGCUGAGAGAGGAUUGAGGGUAUAAAAGUGAAAGAUUUGUCUUUAUGUGUAGUUCCUUACCUCUCAGUUCAGAGUGCUGUUGAAGUGUGAAUCAACUGUAGGAUUUGUGGGAUUGAGAGAUUGGAGACAGAGAUCCAUGCCUUAACUAAACAAAAUGAAGGUUCAAAUUUAUGGAGUCUUUAAACAUUUUAAGCCUUAGCACAAAGUAAAAUGGCAGGUCAGACUGAAACAUGCAAUCUCUGUCUUAAACAAACACAUUUCAGAGUAAAAUUCCAAUUUUGGCAGCUAAAAUGGGCUGUUCUGACCUCCAUUUAAAAGACUGUCCAUUGGUAUCUUAUUUGAUGCUUUGACUCUGAGGACCAGAUCUUUUCUGAAUAAAAUCAGAAACUUAUUUGUCGAGAAAGGGCUUAUAAUUUUGAUGCACCUGGUGUUUACAGAAGAACUUCCCAAAUAUUAUUACAGGUCAAAUGAGUGCAAACAGCUAACUGUAACUAACACAGGGACCAUAUCUCUUGACACCUGUGGAAUACAGUCCCAUCAUUUUAAGUACAAGUGGCAUCUGUUCAAUUCUAGACAGCUUCAUAAUAAAUUAUUUUAGAGCAUUUUAUUUGCUUUACUGUAUCCUCAAAGGAUCUUUUGCUUGGACUUUGAUUUACUUUAAAAAUAUGAUUAGUUACAAUGCAUAUAGUUUUUUGUAUAUGCAUUUGUCAUGUCCCCACUGAUUAACUUAUGAUUAGGUUUAUAUAGCAUUUUCAAUGCCACAUGCGUGCUGUUGGUAGAAUUUGUGUUUGAAACUUCUUAGUGCCAGCAGUUUCUAAAGUCCAUCACUUCUCUUCAGCAGGGCUUGCUGCAUGGAUAUGUCUGAAUUCAAGUGCUACAUGUAGAAUCCACUGGUCUUAGUACAGGUGACAUUGUGGAGAAAAAGAUAGGCACUGCAAUUAUUUAAGUCAUCAAAUUAGUUUGACGUUUGUGAUAUAACUGGAGUUACUGUGCCUGAGUAGAAAGCACAAUUGAAAUGUUCACUCUUUGCUUGUCCUUGUAGUGCAGUGAUUGCCCAUGGUAAGACUGUGAUUGUGUCUAAUCGAUUACUGUGUCAGAAAACUGUGGUAUGUGGAAUUUCAUUUACAAUUGAACUAUGAUAAAUCACUGUAGAUGAUAUAGGUGUGAUGAUGUGACAAACGGAAACAGUCUGUGGUUUACAGGAAAAUGAUACAGUAUCUAAACAAUUUAGAAACUCUUCAGCUACUGCAGUUCACAGCCCCACCUGUAAUGAGCAAAGAACUCUGCAAUAUCAACAACUGACUUUUACUGUAUAAUUGGUUUAAGUCCAGAACACACGCUUUAAAGUUUGGGUACAUGAUCAGAUACAACAUUUGUGUAAAUUCUAAAUAGCACUGCCCAGUUUAUACUUCUGCUUUAUUAUUUUCUAGUGAUAAUGGCCAUAUUUCAACCAAGUAUCCAAGCAGCUCAUUCAUAAGCAUUCAGACUGUCCUAGAAUUUCAGAUGUGUAAUGAUAAAAGAUUAAAGUGAGCAAUUUGGAGUGAAAUUCCUUUGAUCAGAAAUGGGAGGGGGGUACUGCUUCUGCACUUAAGGCCUUGCAAACUCAUAUUAUCAAAAAUUGCACAAUUCAUUCUUACGUUGCUGCUGAAAUCUUACUAAGCAUAGAGAAAAAUAUUCAUUCUCCCAUGUAUCCUUAAAAGGAAACAUAUCCACACCACAUAAGCAAAGGAAUCAUGUAAGCUGUCGAACAAGUAAUGGAAUAUAUUUGUUACAAUUGAAAGAGGUUUGUUGUAUUGAAGCAAUGGGUCAACAGUUUUCAGCCAAAGAAUCCUGAAAUGCUGCAGUCUGUUGGUGGAACAAUAAAAUUGACAGUUUAUUUAUUUCAUACUUUUUUAAACAAGUUUAUUUUUAACAUGAAAGCCAGGAGCCUAACUUUGUUAGAUAUGAGUUUGUAAAAUAAAAAUCUGUGAAUAAAUACUCUCAAAUCUUCACCCUGACUAUUUCAUGUGCUCUUUUGAAGAGCCAGGCACAGGCUUGAUAGGCUGAAGGACCUCUUAUGCAUUUCAGUGUCUUCACUUGUCCUCUGAUCUUUCUGUAACGGUGAGAGGAGACAGUAUUUUUCAUGUGGGAUUCCACAGUACUGUCACUGCUUAGGGAAGUAUUGACUACCUAACCCCACCCACCUUCCUUGCCUCAAACUUUAUUUAUACAGUUUGGUGAUUUCAGCCAGGUUAAUACUGAGACUACUGUUACAGGCUUCUUUACUAGUGAAAGGGAAAUUAGCUAGACUUCUCAUUAUUGCUUACUAUCCAGUGAUCCUUGGUGGACAUUGUAUUUGUUGUGAAUAGCCACUGGGGUGAGGAGCCAGUGACCACAGGCUAUGUACCUUUCUGGAAGAGAGAAUAAAAAUUUGGGUUUGAAAGCAACUCUAAAUUUUGACACAUAAAUCACCAUAGAGGGGGAGAAAGCAGCAAAUUAGUCCCAUUACAAUGUAAAGAGAAUUUUGUGCUCUGUCAAAGCUGAGGAUCAAAGUAGUAAUGUUUUCUAAUUUAAGGCUUUUGUAACUUCUUCAAUCUCGAGAGUAUUGAAAAGAUCAAAAAUAAAAAAAAUAAAUUGA